GCGGGCAGCGCACUCCGGUAUCUGCCGGAAGGUGCGCAAGCACGACGUGUGGCACUACACGAUGCCCAUGCUGACUACCGAGUCGGCCUUCCGCCACGUGGACGUGAAUGAGGACGGCACGCUUGACAUUGUUUUCGGCUUUGGAACCGGCCUGGACGCUUACCGGUACCCGUUGGUGGCGUGUGACGUCUACCUGCCCGCGGCUGGUGAUCGAGGCUGUGGCGGCGGCCUGGCAGCGCUUGACGGCCGCUCGGGACACGAGCUAUGGCGUAUCUACGUGACUCACGAGCUGUUUGCGCUGAACUGCCGGCUGGACCUGGACGCCGACGGCGUGUGGGACUGCGUCGCCGGAGGCCGCAUGGCGGGGCUGUAUGCUGUGAGUGGACGCACGGGCGGUGUACUGUGGACACUGUCGGGAGCGGGGGAUGCCGUGGUCGAGCGCUCUAACAUGUACACGGCGCAGCACAUCCGCGACGUGGACGCUGAUGGUACGGCCGACCUGUUGAUCGCCCAUGGAGGCGACCCACUACGUGAGCCGGGCGCACCCUCGGACCGACUGGCGGGCCGCCUGCUUGUCGUCAGUGGGCGCUCGGGCAAGCUGCUCAGCUGGGCCAUGGUGCCCGAUGGCCGAGAGACUUACUACUCUCCACAGCUGAUGCUCUAUCCUGACGGCACUGAGCUGGUGUUGUUCGGCACAGGCGGCGAAACACACGGGGGCUCACUGUGGAGCCUCCCACUGCGCGAGCUGCUUGCCGGUCGCGUCGACGAAGCGCGUGCCCUCUAUACAGAUCCCCACAAAGGCAUCAUGACACCACCCGCAUUGGUUGACGUAACUGGUGAUGGCGUCGCGGACCUCGUCAUGGCCGCCUUUAAUUCGACCGUAUUCGCGCUGGAUGGCCUCAGCUUCGCGCGACUUUGGUCACAGCGCUUUGCCCAGUCUGAAUCGUACAGCACACCGGCCGUGGGUUACUUCAACGACGACAGGACACCCGACGUGAUGGUCAGCUACCAGACAGGGCCGGGCUUCCCGUUGUACGUGUCCAGCCAAACGACUGUUUUGGAUGGUCGCACAGGUCGGCCCCUGCUGUCGCGCCCUGUGCACUCCGCGCUCGGAGCGCAGGCAUCGCCGCUGGCCAUCAGUAUGCCCGGUGUGGGCCGCGACAUCUUCCUCUACUGGCUCUCGGACUGCCACAGUGCCAAAGUACGCGAGGACAAGGAGUUCGCGUUGGCUGCAGGCACCAGUGUGUUUCUGCGUAGCCGAGCCGACUUCUGCCGGCUGCGCUUCGGAUCGCGCCUCUACACGCGACUAUACGCUCUGUGGUCUAACGCCGGGCCACCCGGCGUGCUUCUCUACGACUCAGAUGAAAAGCGGACCCUCGAGUACAGCGGCUUACUCAACUUCACGGCCAUUGGGUCCCGCUUCUUAGAGCAACACCCCGAGUACCGCCGCAUACGUCGCCACGUGGGGCCGCAUGAUGCGGGUGGUGUACAGCGUACUAUCUCUACCGGUACCUUGAUGCCGGGCUCCGAGCCGCAUAGCAUUGACCUGGUUUUCGCCACCUUUUGGUUCCUGCCGACGCGCGUGCGCACCAUGUCGACAGAUGAACGGCGCUGCCUGGAGCGAAUUAGGGCCCACGAGGGGGCCCGCUUUCAAGUUGACAGCCCGCUGUACGGGCUUGACCACGAUGCCUUCGAGCAGCUGGCAGCAGCUGAGUGCGGCCAAGACGACGACAAUGACCAGCUAGCCUACGAUCCGUUCGACCGGCGCAUGGGCCAGCUGACUGUGUACCGCGUGCGUCUGAAGUGCGCCUGUGACCGAUGCGCGGGUCCGCUGCCUUUCGGACGGCAGCGGUGGCCUGCGUACAUGGGAGCAAACGCGGAUUGCUACACAAGGAAGCCUUAAAACACGGCUGUAUGGACCAGUAAGCGCUAUACACAGUUUAGCAUGAUGGAUCCUCCAAGGGACAUAGUUACCUCAUUUGACGGAACGAACAGUGGACUUGAUCAGCUUAACGCAAGUUUAAAUGUCAAUAGGACGUGCUAGAGUGCCAACUGGCUCUUGCAGCACACCUUAAGAGCACUCUGAACUAGACCUGAGCACCGGUUGCAAAUCGGCGGCGGCGGCGCGCUGGUCUUUCCAUUUCCGGCGGCACUGUGCCGUAAAUGAGGGGGAGGGGGGGGGGCGAAAUAGUAUUUAGAAGAAAAUAUGCAAAAACUAUGUAAGCUGGCUCACUCUUCUUCUAGAGAGCAGCAUCGUCUCCGCUGUGAAGAGUUCAAUGACGCGUGCUGUCGGGCUAGUUGGUGCAUAACUGGUUAGAAAAAUCGCUGGCGCAAAAGAGGAACGUGGACGAAGAAGUAGCAUCAUAUAAUCUGGCGCCUUGUUUUUUGCGUCUACUUUUGCCUCUACUAUUUAUUUAUUGAUUUACACGUGCAAAUAUGAAAGGAAUAAAGUGUACAAAUGCAUCGA